AGAAAUGGACACAGUUGUACCUGUUCCGAGCACAACAGCCACCAUUGAGAAUGGAGCAGCAAAUAGCGGAUAUUUCACACCGAAAGGAUAUCUCAAUCAGAAUAUUGUUAAAGAAGCCGAAGCAGUCCGUGAGAAGCGAAUCGAGAGCCCUCGCUUCUCGACAACAUCAUCCGAUUAUCAGGUUCCUGUGUCUCCGCAAUCUCGCUUCCCUUCCUCAUCUCCACUUAUUGUUAUCAGCCCUCCAAAAGACGACGCGUCACCAAUUACAGUACUCCCGACAGCGGUCCGUUCAAUGCCAGAAACCCAUCGUCGUUCUUUGAUGGUUGCAAUUAUAGCAGCCCUCUUAGUUUUCACGGCUGUCGUUUUUAUGCUCCUUCUUGUCACAUUCGCCUAAUAUGGUGUAAACGCGCUCUAUCGCUAACGUUAACCUGUGUAGUCUGUUUGAAAGAUAAUUGAAAAUAAUAUUAUUAAUGUUUUGUUAAUUGGCAAUUUUUUGAUACCCGCUGAGACCACAACUUUUUUCUAGCAAUAGAGUGCAUUUGUAAGCUUUACCUUACUUUUAUCUCCAGUCACAUAAUUUUCUCUCGUCUGAAACCCCCCUCCACAUACGGUGUAAAUAUUCGUUUUGCUCAAUCAAAAUCUGUAGUUUCACUCUUUUUUCUUGCACAUGUGCACAAUGUUUGUUAAUAAUAAAGCCAAUUUAUUUUU